AUGCCGCAGUGGUUUGCGUUACAGAUGGCUUGUCCCAUAUCGGGCUGUUCAAACUCUGCGAGAGGGUAAGUGGAGGCAUCAUUGAAUAUUUUCCAAAAGAGUUUCUGAAGGCUCGCUUCAAACUGUUUCGGUCUUCUUUACUUUGUGUAGUCGAUCAGUUAAUGAACUCAAAAUAUGCUUUUCAUCAAGUCAUAUUUCAUUAGAGUGCGGAAAAAUAUUUUGAGAUACAUAAGUUGAGAAAAAGUGAUAGUAAUAUCGAUGUCGCUAUUGAGAAGACAUAAUCGAAUGCUCGGUCGGGUCUUCAAGAAAAAGAUCAACUGGAUGCAAGUUAUAAGCGCCAGGGGAAAAGUCAAGAGUUUAAUUCGAGAAAAAUGGUAAAAUUUUACUCGAAUGUUCAUGAAUCUUUAGAUGAAAAAAUAAAUCAUUUGAGGAUUACAAUCAAGUUUUAAUAGGGGCAAAAAAAAGCAGCAUAGAGUGACACUUCUUAGAAAACACCAAAAUAAGUGGAAAUUUUUGAUAGCCCUUCUAGUGGAUGAAAACCGAAAAAAAAAAUACUACUGAUUGGGAAAAGCUAGGUGGUAAAAGGAGGUAAAAUGCUAAUAGUUUAUGUCGAGUAUAGAAAUAUAAGACAUAAUAUCCACUGGUUUUAUUGAUGAUGUCAUCUAUGCUUGAAGCCGGACAUCAUUUCCGGGAAACAAAACUAAACAAAAAAUUCGAAGCUGUUGUUUAGCUUUAUGUGGCGGUAUACGUGAGCAUGGUUUCAACUUUGAUUCUCUUUUCCAUUCAGAAAAGCUCUUAUUCUGGACUGGGUUUGCGCAGAAGACAAAACAACAAUGUUCAUAUGCGAGGAAGGAAGGCUUAGGUGUGGGUCGUAUCAACAUGAUGACAAAGUCGUCAACUGGAAGUUUGACUGUGGAGAUCGUUCAGGAGUUCAUAAAAACGUGCACUUUCUUUAUCCUGACUUUGAAGGUUUCAACUACGCCAUGUCAGCUGCAAUCGCCCAGCAACACGCAGGUGGAGCUGAGUGGGCCAUAAAACUGAUCCGAGAAUUACAAAAACAGUUUGGUAGGAGUUAA